GAAGAAGAAGAAGAGGCUCUAUCAGUGUCCAGGCAAGCACCAGUUAAAGCUUGUAGGAGAAGUUUUCAUAUUGCUCUAGGAGGAUUCAGAACCCUUGACGUCUGUCUGGACAGUGUUGUUUGGCCCUGUGCUGAUCACGUGCGCUCUCCCAAGAAAAAAAAAAAAAACCUCUCUAGCAAUAUACACCAAACUGAGCAUGUGCAGAGUGACUCCACACGAUAUGUCUUAUCAGGAGAUAAGAGGGGGACACUGGAAGAAGGGGAUGAUCAGAGAAGUCAAGAUCAAAACAGAAUUUUUACACAAUGCAGAGGAUUUAACUCCUUAGGUUCCACAGUGAGUAUAAAAAGCAUGCUUUACUGCAUAUACAGACUG